AUGAGCACGAUACAGAACAUCAAGAACUUCAUUCGGCAUGGGAAACAGGCUCGCCUUGUAACUCCUCAUUCCGAACCGACCACCGACGUGUCGACUAUCCACGCCGAACAACAACCGCAACCCCAGGGUCAAUUUUCCCCCGCGCUCGAAGCCUUUGAAACCGGUGACUAUCGCACGAACGCGCAAUCAACACAGAAGCCCGUCGAGUCUAACGCUCGCCGCGAUCGCUCCGUCGAAAUCGAACGCAUUGUCGCCGAGGAAAAAGAAGCCCAGUCCAAGAUGCCCAAGUACCCCGGCCUCGAGCGAUGGAUUUUGCUCGAGAAGAUGGGCGACGGCGCCUUCAGCAACGUCUAUCGCGCCAAGGAUUCAACAGGCCAAUUCCCAGAGGUCGCGAUCAAGGUCGUGCGCAAAUUUGAAAUGAACAGCAAUCAGACCGACCCUCUUCAUCCAAGCGUCAAAAAGGUUCCAAAAGCUGCGGAGCGAGCCAACAUCCUCAAGGAAGUCCAAAUUAUGCGCAAUCUAGACCACCCCAACAUCGUUAAACUCAUCGAUUUUUCGGAGUCCCGGCAAUACUACUACAUCAUCCUUGAGCUCUGCCCCGGAGGCGAGCUAUUCCACCAAAUUGUGCGGUUGACAUACUUCAGUGAAGAUCUUAGUCGUCACGUGAUUUUGCAAGUGGCCAAGGCGAUUGAAUAUCUACACGAGACGUCAGGCGUUGUGCAUCGUGAUAUCAAGCCCGAAAAUCUCCUCUUCUAUCCAUGCCCAUUCAUUCCAAGCAAACACCCCAAGCCCAAGCAGCCGGGCGAUGAAGAUAAAGAGGAUGAAGGAGAGUUCACUUCGGGCAUUGGUUCUGGCGGUAUUGGCAAGAUCAAGAUCGCCGAUUUCGGUCUCUCAAAGGUGAUCUGGGACAGCCAAACUAUGACGCCAUGCGGCACUGUGGGCUAUACCGCACCCGAGAUUGUCAAGGACGAGCGCUAUUCGAAGAGUGUGGACAUGUGGGCCAUGGGUUGCGUUCUGUACACCCUUCUGUGCGGUUUCCCUCCAUUCUACGAUGAGAGUAUCCAAGUCCUCACAGAGAAGGUGGCACGUGGUCAAUAUACCUUCCUGUCGCCGUGGUGGGACGACAUCUCUAAGUCGGCCCAGGACCUCAUAUCACACCUGUUGACUGUCGACCCGGAGAAGCGAUAUACGAUCAAGGAAUUCCUUGCCCACCCAUGGAUUCGCCAAACCGAUGAAGAAACCACUGCGGCCGCCGAUGCCCCGCCUCUGGCGACACCUCUCGGUCCUGUCCGCCAGAAGGGCCCGCAACUCGACCCUAUCGGCGCCGAUCAAGCUCCCUACCAACCCAGCAGCUCUCGUAUACUGGACGUUCCUUCCACUGCCUCGGAGCGUCGGAUGGACUUUCGCUCUCCCGGAGCCUUCAACCUGCGAGAGGUCUUCGAUGUUGGCUACGCAGUUCACCGAGAAGAAGAAGAGGGCAAACGCCGCCGAAACCACCGCCAACAGGCGGCCCGUAGUGGCAACCCUGUCGCUGGAUUCCAAUCCGCUCUUGGUUCCCUGAAUGAGGACUACGAUGACGAACCCGAUUACCGUAGCCGCCUUGAGUCUACUACCGAUCAGCCGCCUCUCAAGGUGGCGAAGGCCGGUUCGGGUGGCGAGAUGGCAGGCAUGGAAGCCAAGCUUCGUUCCACUAACCUCGGCGCCCAGAGCAGCGCCGCCCAAGCACGUGAGGCUCAUCGCCAGCCCCCUAAACAAGGGUACGGCCAGCAUGAUGCGAAUGUCGCGGCCGCUGCUAAGAGCAGCAUAGGCCGCAAGGCAGCGCAGCCAUUCGAGCUCAGCUUGGAUGGUUCCACGUUGCUCGAGAAGCGUGGCCGCCGCAACCAAGGGCAGCCCGUCGCCUGA